GUGGGAAGAGAGUCAAGAGACUAGACAAAGACCCAAUCUUAGUCAAGAAAGGCUGCUGCAGGGUGAUAUUGGCUCUUUCUCUCUUGAUCUUGGGUCGUCGUCUUCCUUCCAUCACAAAACCCCAUCAUCUCCAGAUCUGUUGUUGCACCAAUGAAGAAAUCAAGCUCGGCCACACCAUCCAACCCCAAAUGGGUCCUACCCUACCAGACCCAAAACCUCACUGACCUCUACACUUUGGGCAAGAUCCUCGGCCAGGGUCAGUUUGGCACCACCUACCUCUGCACUGACAAGUCCACAGGCCUCGACUUCGCCUGCAAGUCCAUCCCAAAGCGCAAGCUCCUCUGCAAGGAGGACUAUGAGGACGUCUGGAGGGAGAUUCAGAUGAUGCACCAUUUGUCCGAGCACCCACAUGUUGUCAGAAUCCGAGGCACCUAUGAAGACCCUGGCUCGGUCCACUUGGUCAUGGAUCUCUGCAAAGGAGGAGAGCUCUUUGAUCGGAUUGUGAAAAAGGGUCAUUACAGCGAGAGAGAGGCUGCAAAGCUUAUUAAGACUAUUGUUGGGGUCGUGGAGACUUGUCAUUCUCUUGGGGUCAUGCACCGUGAUCUCAAGCCUGAGAAUUUCUUGUUCGACAACGAUGAGGAAGACUCUACUCUCAAAGCUACCGACUUCGGGCUUUCGGUUUUCUACAAGCCAGGUGAAGUCUUCUCUGAUGUUGUUGGUAGUCCUUACUAUGUUGCCCCUGAGGUGCUGUGCAAGCACUACGGGCCUGAGUCGGAUGUGUGGAGUGCAGGAGUGAUCUUGUAUAUUUUGUUAAGUGGGGUGCCUCCGUUUUGGGCUGAGACUGAGAUUGGGAUCUUCAGGCAGAUUCUGCAGUCAAGGUUGGAUUUUGAAUCCGAACCAUGGCCUGCGAUUUCCGACAGUGCCAAGGACUUGAUUGCCAAGAUGCUUGAGAGGAACCCAAGGAAGAGAAUCAGUGCUCAUCAGGUGCUUUGCCACCCUUGGAUCAUAGACGACACCAUUGCUCCGGAUAAGCCUCUGGAUUCGGCUGUGCUUUCGAGGUUGAAGCAGUUCUCUGCAAUGAACAAGCUGAAGAAGAUGGCGCUGAGGGUCAUCGCGGAGAGGCUGUCUGAGGAGGAGAUUGGAGGGCUGAGAGAGCUGUUCAAGAUGAUUGAUGCAGAUGAUAGUGGGAGCAUCACAUUUGAGGAGCUGAAGGAGGGUUUGAGGAAAGUUGGGUCUGAGCUAAUGGAGAGUGAGAUCAAGGAUCUAAUGGAGGCAGCUGACAUUGACAACAAUGGGACAAUUGACUAUGGUGAGUUCCUUGCAGCAACUGUGCACUUGAACAAGUUGGAGAGGGAGGAGAAUCUGAUGUCAGCAUUCUCAUUUUUCGACAAAGAUGGAAGCGGGUUCAUAACCAUUGAUGAGCUCACACAAGCCUGUGUGGAGUUUGGAUUGGGGGAGGUGCAUCUGGAGGAUAUGAUCAGAGAGAUUGAUCAGGACAAUGAUGGGCAGAUAGAUUAUGGAGAGUUUGCUGCAAUGAUGAGGAAGGGAAAUGGAGGCAUUGGAAGGAGAACUAUGACAAGAACUAUAAACUUGGGGGAUGCUUUUGGCCUAGGAGUGGAUACCAAUGGAGACCAACUAACUGAAUAGGGUUCACGUAGGAGUGGAACUUUUGGGAAUAUAACUUGGGCAGCUGUAAUAUGAAUGUCACAGGAUUGGUGUGAAUGGUUUUCGGAUUCAGAUCAUCUUGUAAGCCAAAAAAAAAUGUAGCUGGAAAUUGGAAUAACAUUCUUUGUUUCAUUUGAGGUCUGAACUUA